AUGCAGGCGCUCAGACAGUUCCUCCUCCUGCCUCUCAUAGCUGCUCUAGCUCUCGCCCAAGACAACUCAAUAGAAUCCACGGGUGGUUUUUGUUGUUGCUGUUCUUCAGUAGGUGGACCUCGCUGUGGUGCUUCGCUCCAUGAGCAAAACAAAGCAUUAAGGAUUGAACUAAAUGCAAAUGCAAACUGCGCCUGGCAAAUUCAGAGGAACACAAAUCAAACAGUUAGGCUCGUUUUCUCCCAUUUUAAAUUUGCUCCUUCUUCAAGCUGUGAAACGGAAAGUAUUAAAAUAUACGAUGGUCCCUCAACUAAUUCGCCUCUUCUUGGACAAGUAUGUAAUGACACUGAUGCAGUCCCGGUACUUCAAUCAUCUUCUGACAGUUUAACUUUUAUCAUAACAACAAACUCUGUGGCUUUCACGCGAAACUUCUUUGUCUUCUACUACUACUUUUCCCCAGAAACAAGACUAGAAAAUUGUGGGGGACAAUUAACUGGUCCCAAUGGGACAUUUACCAGCCCCAACUACCCAGCAGCUUACCCUGCAUUUACAUACUGCGUCUGGCACAUCCAAACAGCAAAAAACUCAAAGAUAAAAUUACAGUUUCAGGAUUUGUUCCUGGAACUAGACAAAAACUGCCAAUUUGACUUCGCAGCAGUCUAUGAUGGCCUUACCACUAACACUGGCUUAAUAGGAAAAGUAUGUGGUGUUGCUCAGCCCAAAUUUGAAUCUUCUUCAAAUGUUAUGACAGUUGCGUUGUUUACAGACUAUGCCAACUCCUACAGAGGAUUUUCUGCUCAGUACACCAGUGUUCCACUGCCAGGUCCUGUGGAGCCCGACACACUCCUUACGUGCUCUUCAGAUAGCAUGAAAAUUGUUUUGAGCAAGUCUUAUCUGGCCUCCCUUGGUUAUAAAGAAACUGACCUGCAGCUGCGUGAUCCAUCUUGCAGUCCAGUUAUAACAAAUUCAGUGAUCUUUUCCUUCCCAUUAGCCAGCUGUGGAACAACUAAAAAGGAUGACGGUCAGAGCAUCACUUACACCAACAUCAUCUCUCUCUCUCCAACCGGCAACAUUAUUACCCGCCAGAAGAGCGUACAGAUUAUUGCAAAAUGCAAAAUGGAAAACAAUUCAACCUUAGAAGUCAUUUACGUAACAAAAAGUAAUAUAGUCCAAAACACAACCGCUGUGGGAAGAUACAAUGUUAGCAUGUCAUUCUAUGACUCAGACUCAUUCUCCAAGCCUAUACAUCAGUCCCCAUAUUACGUAGACUUGAACCAAACUCUUUUUGCUCAAGUCAGUCUUCAUUCCACCGACCCAAACCUUUCGGUGUUUGUUGAUACCUGCAUAGCAUCUCCACAACCUGAUUUUGGAUCGUUAACAUAUGACUUAAUCAGAAGUGGCUGCAAUAAAGAUGACACCGUGGUAACCUACCCACCACUGGAACACUACGGAAGAUUCAAAUUCAACGCCUUCAGGUUCCUGCAGAGAUCUCCAUCAGUUUAUCUCCAGUGUGAUAUUUUAAUUUGUGACAGCAAAAAUGCAAACUCUCGCUGUACCGAAGGCUGUAUCUCCAGACAAAAAAGAGCUAUUUCUUCAUACAUGUGGAAAACUAAAACAGUAGUGGGUCCCAUCCGCCUGAAAAGAAAUCUCAGGUCUGCUCACAACUCAGAAUCCCUCGCUAAAGCAGAUGCUGAAGACACCCCAAACCCACAACAAUACAGCUUCUACACUCUUUCAUUUGUGGUUUUAAUUUCAAAUAUUAUCAUUGUGGUAGCUGUGAUACUAAAAUAUCACAAACGCCAGGCAGGAUAUGGCUAUCAAAAAAUCCCAAACUCAUAUUAA